AUGAAGUCUCCGUAUCCAAUCCCGGCAGCACUAGUCGUCUCCCUCGGGAUCGCCGGCGCCGCCCUCCUCACCCUCUCCUACUAUGCGCUGCGCAGAUACGCGUCGCGACGCCCGAUCCCUCCUCCGCUUUCACCUCAUUUCAACACCACACAAGAAUUCGAUCACGUGAUUGAUCACCCUGUAUGGCUUAUCCGAACUACCGGGCUCCCGGGGGCCGUGAUAGAAUCGAUCCCGAAGCUUAGGUACAAGAAAGGGGAAGAAGGAGGGAUCGCAACGAGCGAUUGCUCCGUGUGCCUGAGCGAGUUCGAAGACGGCGACAGGCUCCGCCUGUUGAGGAAAUGCGGCCACGCGUUCCACGUGGCGUGCGUCGAUACGUGGCUCGGGGCACACACCAACUGCCCGCUCUGCCGAGCCCCUGUUCUUGGGGAAGAAGUGACUCGGGUCGAGUCUGGUUCUAGUGAGAUGGAUAUGAUUGGUGGAGAAACGGAGGGUAUGAGUUUGAGGAGGUCAGUCUCGUUGGGUUUUGUGGAAGCGAACAAGGCUUUUGUGGCAAAGAGAUCGAUCUCGAUAAGUGGUUUAGUUUGA